GGCGAAGCUAGCAGCAGUAAAAGCCAAGCCUAAUUGCCGUCGCAUCCAGACUCUAUCCGACUCUGUACAGCCUUAUUGCUGGCCUGGUGCGGCUUGCCGGCUGGACCCGUUUCAUCCGCCUCGGAUCUCAUCAGCAUCCGAUCAUAUCAAAGGCCGGACCCGUCCCUGGGAUCUUCUUCUCACGUAGGUUAGGCCGCCUGACUCUUGCGGCGGCAAGAAGAGUCGGCACGGCUGCUUCUGUCGACGUGGUGGCUGCUGCCGGUCCCAGCUAGAUACAUCAUCGCAUCCUCCCACAUAGAUGUUGCACGCGGAUGACUUGCUAGGACAAUGAGCACCCCACUGGUCACGUCUCACGUCGUCCUCAACGGCAUCGGCGAAAGCGGCGACGACAAUCCCAGCAUCGCUGGCGGCGCCACACCGAAUGCAUUGUCUUCAUCAGCUGCAUCUACAUCCGGGUCCGUGGCCCAGGCCAUCACGACUUCUUCGCCAGCGACGGCUGCUUCGACCCUCACUGUGCCGCCUCUGUCGGCAUCGAUCGCGGACGGAGGGGCCAAUGAUGGCAGAGAGCAAGAUGCUCUCGCGCCGCUUGCGGCGGACUCGCAGGUUCAAGAUGGACCUGUGCCACCUGCACAUGUAACGGCUGACGAAGGCAACUCGGAGGACACGACGGCAGCUUCUGUGGAUCCCCUCGAUGGGGAAGCCAGUCCGUCGCAAAGCGACCUGUUCUCACCUUCAUCUUCUGCCGAGAUGGCUGCACAAAGCCCUGUACCACCCCAGCCACCAGAGCCUUCUCGGACGGAGUUAGUAGAAGACAAGGCAAUAGCUACAGGGCGGCCUUCUUCAUCUGACGGUGUCAAGAAAGCAGAAGAGGCAGACAAGAAGCACAACAGUGCCGUAGCGACGCAUGAGCAUGAACCUUCCGGCCGCAUACCCGACUUUCCAGAUCCAUUGGCAUCGGCCUCCUGGACCCUCCCACGGACCGAUGUCGAUGAUAUCACAUUGGAUGGAGUGAUAGCAGAGAUUGCACAAGGGGAGUUGUCACAAGGCACAGAGCAGGAUGAUAAGGCUACGGAUGAGGUAGGCAAUACCCCCACCUCGCUGGAUCCUUCCAACAAUUCGUCCGCGAAUCAACUGCCGGUCAAUGAAUCCUCCAAGGCAGAAGAAAUCGUGGACGAAGCACCGCAGAGCGCGGUUGGGCAAUCGGCAAUCCAACUUCCAACAGCGUCAGAAGCAGGUCCCAUCACGUACUCGCCAGAGUACCAAGCUGUGGAGAUUACUCCGACCCCGCAGAGCAGCGCGGUACCAGAAGCGGAAGGGCCAAUUAAGACAUCGCCUGUGGUUGCGUCGCAGGUAUCACCGAUAGCGAAUGCUGCUUCCACCUCUGAAGGUGCGCCGUCAGCAACCCAGUCUGGCGAUAGCGACGUCUCAGCAGCACCAGUGUUUGAAUCUGCUGCCGUGAAAUUAACCCUUGGCCCGCCUACGACAACAGCACCUGCGUCAGUUGCAGCGUCCACCUCGACAUCGACAACGGUGUCUGCAUUUGCACAUGGGCCCGCUUCUUCUCCAGCUUCCACACCUGCUUCUGCUUCCGUUUCUGCCCCUACCACCGCAUCAACAGCUGCAGCCACCGAACCUACUGCCAUUGCCCCGCCAACAUUAGCUUCAAAGGCGCCGUCCUUGCCGUCAUCGUCGGCAACGUCACAUGCAGCGGUACCACACCCGGCGACAAUUGUGACCAGCACGCACGAUUUGACAACCUCAGCAGCGCCGGCAGCGUCUGUAUCGGCAUCUGGCUCCGUCCGCGGUGCACCGACGCCUACGGACUUGAGCACCAGCGUUUCUGCUGUGCCAUCCGCCGCCGGUGCAUCUGCCGCAGCGGAAGGCAACACGAAUGCCACUGUGAAUCAAGCCCCUGUGGCAACAACAGCUAGAGGGGCGUCGUCAGUAGUGGAGGAGGGGAGGGCCCUAGAACCAUCCCCCGAGGAGGCCAAACUACAGUCUCAGGUCGCCGUGUUGCUCAAGAUUAACAAAGAAAUCCUGAGAGCGUGCGUGGCCAUGCAAAACACGGGGAGAAUAUCGAUUCCACUUAAUAUGGAUUUGACCCACCGCUUGCAGUCGAAUUUAUCAUUUCUUGCGUUUUGCGCCGAGAAGAGCAUGCAAGGUCAAAACCCAGCAGCCCUUGCCAAGCCUGUCUUGCCUCGGCUCGACCUCAUUCAAGAUAGCUCGCUGCCGCCCGAGAGCGAGUUGCCAUUGCUAUACAAGCAGCUUCAAGCGCUCUUCCGAAUUGAAUUCCUUGCGCUUCAGCAGUCUGAAGUGGCAAAGGGCAAGAAGCGGGCCGCUCCCGAAGCACAGAAUGAAUCGCAAGCCCUGGAAGCGAACAAGCGGCAAGCCACUCUUGCCAAUGGGUACGCAAGUCAGAUGGGUGUCGCUUCUGGUCCUAGUGCAACUGCUCCAAACUACCCAGGUCAAAUGCAGCAUGCUAUGCAAGGAGGUGCGAUAACAAACACACAUAUGCCAGGUCAACAGCAGAUGCCACCAGACGUCGGUGCCAGACUGCAGCAACAAGCGCUGCAGCCACAUCAGCCUGGUACGUCUGACCAGAGGAUAUGGCGAGGACAACAUCAAUAUCUUGGCAACCCCCCUUCUUCUCCAGGGACGAUAGUGCACACCAGGUCCUUAAGUCAGUCGCAGGAAGUAGUACCCGGCGCUAGCACAGCUGGCAGCCAGGUGACACAGCAACUGCAAGCGCAGGCACAAGGAUUGCCGUUGUACCCCGCGCCCGCUCAGGCUCAAAGCCCCACACAAGUCUUUAGCCCGAAUGCAGCCAACAACUACGCGAUGCUCCAGACGCAUCUGCGUGGACAGCCACAAGCACUUGUGUCGUACUUGGAACAGAACGUGCCAAACUUUCGCAACUUGCCGCUGCAAAGUCAGCUGAGUCAAAUGGCGGCUAUGCAAAAUAGUGCAGCACAGCGUCACCGCCAGGCCCAGCUUAUGCAGGCUCAGAAAAGGGCGUCAGCAGAGUCGCCACCUCCAGCUCAGUCGCCAUACGGCACGCCUCCAGCGAGCAGCGCAAUGCAACAGCCAUACCCUGGCGUCAGUGGCAGCCCUUCCAAUAUGCCAGCGAAGGCUAUUGCUCAGAGAUCGUUCACCCCAAGUCCACGCAUGGCCCCUGCGCAUGCAAGUGUGGUAGGAAUGGCCGCCCUGGCGUCUGAUGGCUCGCGGCCUUCCACCCCGAGACAAGCGAUGUCGAACAUGCCGAGCGCUCUCCCGGGGAGCGCUACGAAUGUUCCAGGUGCACGCGCACGCGGCCCUAGUUCUGCUAGCGUGCAUAGCGACUUUAGUGGUGCCCAUGUGGCAACGAACUCACCCCUGAGACAGACAGUCUCGCCCGCUCCGAUUUCGCAGAGCCCCGUACUUUACCCGAUGGCGGCGCCUGUCGGAGGCAUGUCGUCAACCUCGCAGCCUUUCAACAUACCAGCUACGGCAAGUGCGAUGCAGCAAAUGUUCGCUCAGCAAGGUCACCUAGUUCCGGCAAAUCAACAAGGCCAAGCCCAAGGGCAAAGCCAAGCUGGCUAUGUGCAGUCUCCAGCUUCUAUAGCUGCUAUGCUGCAACAACAGCAGCAGCAACGAGUCAUGUCUUCGCAGCAGCCUCUCGGUGCUGGGGGCAUGAUGCCCGGAAACUUUGCGCAGGGAACCAUGAAUCCAGGCAUGCUGAGCGGCGGCUACCCGUCCGCCUUCCAGUCUGCUGGGCAACAGCCUCAGCAGGCGCAGGGGGUUCCAUUCGGUGGCCUGAAUCCUCAGCAGUUACAGCAACAGCAGCAGAACAUGAUGCCAGGCACGCAAUUUGCGAAUCCUUUCGCAGCAAUUGGCUCGCCAGCCAGAGCAAGUUCAUUGCUGCAAGGCGAUCCGAACGGAUGGCAGCAGAACUGAGCUGUUCGGCUAUAUUUCGUCGAGCCGGCUCGUUAUGCCCUGAAAAGGACGGCUUCAAUCACUCCGUAUACCUGUUCAUACACAAGGAUAACACUGUACUCCAGCUGUGCAAAAUUACCUACGCGC